CAAACCAGAGACAGAGUAAGGCAGUCAGGGUUUAUUGAGACAGCAACUCUUGCACUUUAUUAUAGUGUUUUUUCAGUCAGAUUGCUUAAAUGCCACUUUUUUUUAAAGAAUAUUCUAAUAAAUCUGUUGUGGGCCGAGUAUACAAGUAUGAAUGCUCUCUGGGAGACGCUUUUAGCUCUAAUUCUCAGUUUGUUCUCGUGGAUAAAGUACAGUCUCAACUAUAUACAGCGACAUUUUGGGUUCACGAAUAAUUCAUCCUGGGUUAUGAAACGUGUGGAUAGAUUUUCCGCAUGGAAUCAUUCUAAUGUUGAUAAGAUACGGAGAACUCUUGAUGGCAACCAGACGGAUACGUGGAAAACAGACCAGGAAGCUAGGACGUAUCGUUACCAUGGAAAUGGACCCAUGUUUACCAUCCAGACCAGCACACAUCUUUUCUAUGUUGACGUUGAGAGGCUGGCGGAUUGUAGUGAGUACUUCAGGGCUCUGUAUAACUCCUGCAUGAGAGAAAGUGCAGAACAACUUGUGAACCUGUCCCAUGUGCCCUCCAGUGUGUUCCACAACCUCCUGCAGUUCUGCUUCCAGCAAAGAUUCUGCAUUCCCCACAACCUUCUAGAGGAGCAUUUGCGUGUCAGCACAUAUCUGUUGGUCCCUGAUUUCACUCGUUGCCUGCUGCUAAAUCUGUCUGAAAUCCUCACCGAGCAAACGUUCCUAGAUUACCUGCAGCUGGCUGAGGAGCUAGGCAGUGUUGAGCUUCAUGAAACUGUGCUGAUGUACCUGGGCACAAACCUACUAGAGCUUUCUCACUUGAGCAGGAAUCUGGACCGCCACCUACAACACGAGAUCCUUCAGAUUCGGUCAAAGGGCUCACCUCGGCUGUGCUGUCUGAGGAAAGAGAAUCUGAUUUCACGAAACAGUCAGGAAACAGAGUCUGCAAGGAAGCUUUUCAGGCUGGAUGAGGAUGAUGGGACAUGGAGUACUGUUACAGAUUUGCCAUUUGGUGCAGAUAAGUGGUGUUUCACCACAGCAGUACUGUUUAAUUACCUCUACCUCAUUGGAGGGUUCCGGCAACACAUGAAGAGAGGUUACGAGUUCAAGAUGGCCUCCUUCCGUUAUAAUCCUUUAACCAAUAAAUGGGUUUCAACUGCGCCUCUUAUCAAGCACAGGCGCCACUUCAGUGCAGCAGUGUGUGAGGGGCACAUCUACGCUGUAGGGGGCUGGUAUUUGGACUCCCUCGUGACUCCUGACUCCAGCACAGGAGUGUAUACAGCAGUGGAGCAAUAUGACCCAUGGACUGAUUCAUGGGCUUUUGUUUCCUCGUUACCUCUUUCAGACUUCCAGUUUACCCUUUCCCUCUCUCAUGAUUCCCCCCUUACCACCAGCCUAGGGACAAGCCUCUAUGUGGUGGGGAACAUCCAGAGAACUGGAGAGAAACUAGUGCUAUGCUAUGAUACUACACAAGACUGCUGGAGUGAGUUGCUUCCUACGCUCACACGCACUGCUGCGGAUAUGCCCAGCCUUCACUUCCUGGGAUCCACGGACAGGUUGAUUGUCAUUGGUGGCAACAAUGUUGAAACCAUAGUCACGUCAUUCUGUGUGGAGACACGAAAAUGGGGUCAGAUCAGAAGCAUGGAGAAGACAGCUUUAAUCGGUCAAGGCACGGUGUACAAUGAAGAUGUCUACAUGUCGGGAAACCAGGAGGACACAAUCUAUCGGCUAAACAUCCGCUCUCUGUCUCUGUCCACCCUUCCUUCUCUUCCAGUCUGUACUUGCUAUGAGAGCCUUUUCCAUCUUUUCUUCUAAACCGUUUAUUCCUUUCAGGGCCUGUGCCUUUGGUGGAUUUGUAAAUAACUUCAGGAUCUGUCAACCAGUUUUGAGACGCUAUGAGAACACCUACUCGGAGGUCUGUCCAGUAGUCUGGUCUUAACCACCUGUGGCUUAAUAAAAUAAUGUGUUUUCCAAAAGCUUCCAAGAGUGAUUGUGUACACCGGUUAAUAUAGGUACCAGGUUACCUAAAGCCCUAUGUGGCCUUAUAUUACAUAGGCCUAUAUGUCUGAGAACGCACCACACAGCUAAGGAUACAUGGAAUGUAUCCUUAGCAUGCACUUUUUGGGCUCUUCCUCCUGCGCUCUGGAAUGUCAUCCGAUUC